AUGGCCAUCCGCUGCCUGACAAAAAGUGGGGAAAGUGUCUUCUCCAGUGAAAGAGACCACAUCAUGGGGCAGAUGAUGGUCACUGGGGGCGCCCUGGCGCACGUGUUCUUCCCCCGCCCCAAGGCCCACUUUGACAACGACGAGCGAUGGUCCCUGGGCGGCGGGAAAGGGCGCAACCUCUUCGUGGUGAUGGCGCACGAGAUCGGGCACACGCUUGGCCUGGAACAUUCGCCGGUGCGCAGCGCCUUGAUGUCGCCCUACUACAAGAAGCUCGGGAAAGAUUUUGUCCUCAGCUGGGACGACAUCCUUGCAAUCCAGAACCUGUACGGGAAGCCUCCCUGGGAUCCGGCAGUCCAGCUCCCGGGGAAACUAUUUACGCGCUUUCAGGACUGGAGCCAGGACCUUGGAGGUGGCGAACCGCGGGAGAGGAACCUCACUUCCCAUUACUGCUGGUCGUUCUUUGAUGCCGUGACCGUAGAUCAGGAAGAGAAUCUUUAUGUCUUCAAAGGCGGUGACUAUUGGACUGUGUCCAAAGGAGGAAAUGCCACUGGUCCACGGCCACUCAGCGCUCAAUGGCCAGGGCUCCCGUCCACCAUCGAUGCUGCCGCUUUCUCGGAGGAAACCAGGAAAUUUUAUUUCUUCAAAGGUGGCCGAUGCUGGUGCAGAGAUUUCUCUGCAGAGAAAUCGAGAUUUGCAGUCUAUGGAUUCCAGAUGCUGGAAGUCCCCACGAGAAUUACGUGGGGCCCACGGUUUCUUGCAUUUCACUGGUUGGAGGAGGGCGAGCUGGCAUUCUGACUCCCGGCCAAUCACAAAGCUCUCUGGAUGAGAGGGCUGGGCAGUUGAUUUACCCGCCCCUCUCUAGGGGCCAACCUGACCCGACCAAUCCAACUAA